GUCUUUUUUUUUUUUUUUCAAAUAUUUUGAUUACGAGCGUUAACGGUUCAGCGCAUUCCCUUUUGGUCAAAUCCCACUCUUCAUCCCAGAGGCGUUGUCAUGGCGUCUACGGUUCACGUUAAGAUUGGAAUUAUUGGAGGGUCAGGAUUGGAUGAUCCUGAUAUUUUGGAGGGAAGAACGGAACGCUAUGUGGACACGCCAUAUGGAAAGCCAUCAGAUGCUUUGAUCUUGGGGAAGAUCAAAAAUGUGGAAUGUGUGCUCCUUGCAAGGCAUGGAAGGCAACACACCAUAAUGCCAUCCAACGUGAACUACCGGGCCAACAUCUGGGCUCUCAGAGAAGAAGGCUGUACACACCUGCUGGUCACUACGGCGUGUGGAUCGCUGCGAGAGGAGAUCCAGCCGGGAGACAUUGUCAUCAUAGAUCAGUUCAUUGACAGGACGACCAAGAGACAUCAAACCCUGUACGACGGGCAGCCCUCCAGUCCUCCGGGGGUGUGUCACAUUCCCAUGGCUGAGCCCUUCUGCAGCAGAACUAGAGAGGUCUUGGUGGAAGUGGCUCGAAGUCUGGGGGUGAAGUGUCAUCAUCGAGGGACCAUGCUGACCAUCGAAGGGCCUCGCUUUUCCUCGCGGGCCGAGAGCCUGAUGUUCCGCCAGUGGGGCGCUGAUGUCAUCAACAUGACCACCGUGCCAGAGGUCGUCCUUGCCAAAGAAGCUGGCUUAUGCUACGCCAGCAUUGCCAUGGCGACAGACUACGACUGUUGGAAGGAGCACGAGGAGGCAGUCUGCGUGGACAACGUUCUGAAGACCAUGAAAGAGAACGCUAAUAAAGCAAGCAGCAUCCUGCUCACUGCAAUACCCCACAUCAGUCAAGUGGACUGGACUCAGACAAUAAAGACUUUGAAGUCAAUGGCACAAUCGUCUGUGAUGUUACCAAAGCACUGAACCGGGAAUGAAAACGAGCAGCAAGGGAUAAAAACAGCAGACAAACUCAACUCUGCCUGCGGAUUCGUCAGCAGUGUAUCAGGAAAAGUGCCUCACACUAAUAAUACGUCAAAAAUCAGCUGGAGAUUCAGUGUUUUAUCUGUGCCACUCAUUUUUACAGAUUCACAAUUUGUCUCCGGAGAGUUUUAAUGCUGUCUUUGUCAUUACAGCAUUUGCCUUUGUAGAUCUUCAGGCAGAAAAUACUGUAUGCCUUGAAAGCUUCAUUAUCACUUCAGUUAAAUGUCACUCUAAAAGCUAUAUAUAUAUAUUUUUUAAAUUCAUUUUGGGAAGUCAAAAGUUCGCGUUCUCUGUAUUAAAGUUACAUUGAAAAUAAACCUGCUGCAGGGUAAAUCAAACACAUUUCACGUUACCUGCUAAUAUUCAGUAUUGGAGUGGAUUAGAAAAGCCUUUAUUGUUUGUACGUAUCCAGACUGGUAACUGAAGUACUUUAUGUGUAUUGAAAUUGGCAGUUUUACUUUGUCACAUAUUAUAUUUUUGCACUUACACUGAGCUUUACUGCAUGUUUUGUUUGCAUCCACUUCCUUUUUGUUGCCUAAAUUUUCACAUUAAAAGUGUCACGCCUGGCUGAAAACAAAAACUGUAAAUAUGAUGGACUUGUUUUGAUUAUUCAACUUAUUAAAGGGAAUAGUUGCAUUUUA